AUGACAAAGUACGACACUCAGACAGAUGAAGCUGUCCUAGCACGGCUCGGACACGAGCAAGAACUCCGCAGAGAAUUUUCCCUUUUGAGUCUCACUGCCCUCGUCUCCUGUCUCAUGGGAACUUGGGAAGCCACCACAACUGGGCUCAACGUUGCCCUCGCCAGCGGCGGCCCGCCAUGUGUCUUCUUUAAUUUCCUCUUGUGCUUUCUUAGUACAAUCUGCAUUACGCUCUCCCUUGGCGAAAUCGCGUCCAUUUAUCCGACUGCAGGAGGUCAAUAUCACUGGGUAGCUGCUCUUAGUCCAACUGCCAGUCGAGCGGCACCCGCAUGGGCUACGGGCUGGAUCUCGAUUGGAGGGCAGCUUGUAUUCGGUGCAUCGGCUGCAUUCGCUGCGGGGUUGCAGUUCCAGGGAGUGAUCAUCAUGAACAAUGACAACUACGUGCCAGAGCGAUGGCAUGGCUUGCUGCUAUAUUGGGCCGUUCUAGUAUACUGCGCUGUUACCAAUAUAUGGGGCAUCAGGAUACUCCCCCAUACCAAUAUAGCCAUUGGGGUUGUUCACAUCGCGGCUUUCAUUGGUGUUGUUGCGGUCCUUCUCGCCAUGUCGGACAAGACUUCAGCGUCGUCAGUCUUUGUUGAGGUCCAGAACCAGAGCGGCUGGGACAGUGACGCACUGGCAUGGCUUGUUGGCUUGAUCAGCGCCGUGUAUCCAUUUCUCGGCUACGACGCCGCAUGUCACUUGUCUGAGGAGCUGCCUCAUGCAAGUCGAAACGUGCCUUUGGCAAUGAUGGGAGCCGUCAUUUCCAACGGCCUCACCGGCCUCGUCUUUGUCCUCAGUCUACUCUUCUCGGCUACCAACCUUGGCGACGUUUUAAGCACAAGCACGGGCUUUCCAUACAUGGAAAUCUACCUCGAAGUGACGAGGUCCCACGCCGGUGCGACUGUGCUGGCGCUGGUCACGCCUUUUAUCGGUAGUGCGGCAAGCGCUGCGAGCUUAGCAUCAACUUCUCGCACUCUAUGGGCUUUUGCUCGUGAUAAAGCAACCCCGUUUGACAGGCAUCUCAGCAAGGUCGACGACAAGCUCAAAGUCCCCGUCCAUUCGGUGGUGGCGGUCCUUGUCUUCCAGGCGGCUCUUGGCUUGAUCUACCUCGGCAGCACAGCAGCCCUGAACGCAAUCCUCUCCAUGGCUGCGAUUGGAAUGUACCUCUCAUACAUCCUGCCGAUCAUAUACAUGCUCGUAUACGGACGGAGGAGGCAUGAAACCAAGCGGUCGUACCGAUAUCUAAGACUGCCCGACUGGCUCGGCGUAAGCUUGAACGUUGUGUCCAUUGUUUGGAUCGUCCUCGUCAUCAUCUUCAGCACCUUUCCUUCCACGAUGCCAGUAACAGCCGAGACCAUGAAUUACUCCAUCGUGGUAUUGGCUGGCUGGUUGGUUUUCGGAGUUGUGUACUAUUUGACCUAUGGGAGGCACAAGUUCGAGGCGCCCGUGUCUGACGUGUCGGUGAUCUCUGCGACUCGGCAGUAG